CAGUACCCUUCCCUGACUUACUACUCUGGAGGUGCCUGGAAGAACAGGAUGUUUUCUUGUUUUCAGAUUUCCAGGGGUUUGGGCCCAAAAAAACCCAAGCGUGGUGACCUUGGCUACUUGUGGAGAUGUUUGAUACGCCCUCUGACACACUUCUGGCAUGCUUCCCGCAGGAAUCCCAAGGAGCCAGACUUUCCGUACAACCCACCCAAGUUUACUUACAACACCUUUGAAUUUGUUGAACAAAUGAUCGCUUAUAUACCAGCUGCAGUUCAUUACCACGACCAACUAUCCAUCAGCCUAUUCCUGGCUGUCUACCAUAGGUACUGUAGCACCUGGGAGGUGCUGGACCUGCUGAUGAAAACGUAUCCAUCCUUCCAGCCUGACUGCGAGCAAGACCAGCUCACAAAGAGUGCCAUAUUCAACUUUCUGGCCCACUGGCUUGACACAUUCCCUGAGCAUUUUUUUGACUCCCCCAACCUGGCAGUCAUGAGGCAGUUGAUAGACUACACAGGGCACCAUAUGCCUUCUGCAGAAUUCGAUAAAGAAUCCAGGGAGCUGCUCUCUAGGCUGGAGGAGCAGGAGGCCAAAAAGCUAAAGCUUGAGAAAGACUGUGCAGCCAUUGCAGUGCAGGAUGCCUCCAGAAUGCAAGAGAAUCUGGCUCUGAGGCCAGCUUCUGUGGCAGAGCCACAGGGAGACCUGCAACCCCGAGUGGACAUGGAGCUCUUGGAACCAGCAGUGCCCACAUCAACUGAUACACAAUCACCUGAAGAUGUGGCUAUAGAUGAGGCUGCAGACAUGGUUGCAGAUGAGGCUGCAGAUGAGGCUGGAGAUGUUUCACCUGCCAAGCAGUUAUUUCUAUCUUACACUGUGCAAUUAGGUACACCAGAUUUCAUAUUCCCUCUGCCUAAGGUUGACAUAUAGUUAGGAAAAUGAUCUCCUGAGUUCCACCCAGCUGUGGUUCCCCAUCUAAGCUGAUCUCAUAUUGUUAGAGAUAAUAUCUAUGUUUAUUAUAUUUGGAUACUAAUAAAAAUGAAUUGU